CGACAUUGCAGUCCUUGAGUCGAUCUACUCGAUCAUAUGAUUUUACAUUUCAGAUCACAGACAGCCUGUGGUCGGUUCCGGAUCUUCUGUUAAAUUUCCAGCUUUCAGCAGCGGCCCUGAUCAUCAGAAUCACACCAGAAGUUCGAAAGUCGUCUAAAGUUCUCCAAAAGACAGGACGGUCGUAACAUGGCGAGCCAGACCCAGGGAAUCCAACAGCUUCUCGCUGCUGAAAAGAGGGCGGCGGAAAAAGUAGCUGAUGCUAAAAAAAGGAAGGCCAAGAGGUUGAAACAGGCCAAAGAAGAAGCCCAAGAGGAAAUUGAGAAAUACAUGUUAGACAGGGAGAAACAGUUCAAGGAGUUCGAAGCCAAACAUAUGGGCUCUCGUGAAGAUGUCGCCGCAAGAAUUGACGCAGACACGAAGCAAAAAAUUGAGGAAAUGACCAGAGCUGUCAAUGCGAAUAAAGAGGCGGUGAUUCAAAGAAUUUUGGAACUUGUCUAUGACAUCAAGCCCGAAAUGCACAAGAACUACCGCCCAACUUGAAACUGUACAUAUUUGAGAUUUUCAUUUGAAUAACAAGCUUUCAUUUUUCAAAUUGAAAAACUGUGGUUUGGGUCUUCACAAUCGAUGUUGUUAAGAAAUAUCUUUGUUUACGAUUAGAUAGCUAGAUCUAAUCUUAGAAGUUCUAUAUUAUUAGUCUAUUGUAAAAAUGAAUACAUUCCAAAUUAAAAAUAAUUAGAGUUUAGAUUUUAAAUAUAAACAGAUAUUUUUUUGUUGAUAUUGUUUAAGCAGUUAUAUCAGUAUUCAUGAUUAAUCUCGGGGGUUGAACUGGCAUUCCAAGAUGCAUCGGCAAUUAAUAAAAAAAACUGUAUCAUAUUGUAAAAAUUAUCAUUGUCAGUCAGAAUAUUAUUGAAAUUGUUAUCUAUAAAAUCUAAGCUGUAA